AUGUCAGGCAAAAACCAACUUGUACAAAUUGCAAACAAAAUAAUCCUGGCUAAUUAUUUUAAUAAUUAUUGCCUCGAUACAAUGGAAAAUCAAAGAUUUGCCAUUAUAGUUUGCCACAAAUAUUUAACAAAAUGCUGUCCAGUGGCGGAACAUUUAAAUGAUUUUUUCGAAUGCGAAAAAAAGACUAAUUUGGUAAAACAUCGAUUACCAUUUUCGGAAUUCCAAGGGCUGAAAUAUAGCGGCUAUAAGCCAGAAGACAACGAGGAAGAAUUUUUACCAAUAAAUUUAAAAGAUGGCGGCAUUAUAAUGCAAUUCCAAGCCAACAAAGCCAAGAGGGAAUUGGGCAUUAAAGACAUUAUAGAAUUAUCUAAAAACGAAACUUAUUGUUUUGACGAAUUGAAACAACAUGAUAGGACUUCAAGUAAAUUUGCCGCAAUGUUUUCGCUUUGCCACAACCAAACUUGCCUGCAAAAAUGUUGCCCUUUCAACAAAGUAUACGAUGCGCAAAUGGAAAAAUGUUCUUCAAUGUUUAAAUUAGAAAGAGACAAAAAUAUCGAUAUUGCCUUUAUAAAUGAAGACAAUAAUAUUGAAAAUUUGUCUGAUUAUUUUUUGGUUUUCAAUAGAGAACCGGCCUGUGAAUUUCAUAAGGCCUUGCAUCCUUAUACAGUGGGGGUUGAUAGGAUUUUUUUGGAAAAUGAUGGUAAAAUUAUUAGGAAACAUUCUAGAAAAGAGGCUGAAAAGUUGGGGCCUACAGGAUUUUGUGUGGAUUUAUUUCGCGAAAACACCAUGCUAAUGGCCAACGGAUUCUUUUGUAAAAUUUACAAGAAAACCGAAUUCAAAGACGAAAUCCCUGCUGAAGAAGCAAACGAACUGGACGAUUGCCCAUCAAAAACCCCCAAAAACACCUUAAUCAUUGAACUAAUAAUAGUUAUAAUUUUAAUUAUAGUAAAAAACUAUUGA